AUGACUGCCCAAAACCAGGCAGAUGCUUUCUGUCUUGAGUGCCAUUGGGAGGAUUUCCAUAUCGAUGGCAAGAAUCCUACGGAGUCCUCGGGUCCUCCCCGGCCUCAAUGGCCAUGCUCGGACCAUGACCAUCACAAUGCGCUAGGGUGUGAGGUCGACGAGGCCUGUUGCGAUGUGGACGAUUGCCAGGUAGAUCAUUGCGCGCUAGACUGUGGGUCAAUAUGCGACGGCUUCGUGGAGUGCGACGCUUCGAGCGUCUGUUCCGUGCCUCACUGCGAUGACACCCACUGUGGUGAGCAGAACUGUGAAAGCACAGACCCUCUCUGCUUUGAGGAUCACUGCUGUGAUGCCACUGCUGACCCAGAUUGCGGCUUCGACUCCAUGUUUGGUCUCAAUCCUCCUUUCCCCCUGGAUACUUCGACGUUGUUGCCCUCUACCACCAUGAGCAACCACGUUAGCGAACCGGGCAAACUCCCAGAGCAUGCUAUCCCUGGGCCUCUUGACCCAUGCUACCACCAUGACUUCCUACACUCCUAUCAGGCCCAUGCCAACCACUGUGAUGAGAAUGUCUCUAAUCACUUUGAAUGCCAUGACUUCCAAAAGGAUCUGCAGGGGCUGUUUCCAAACCAGCAGUACCAAAACCAGACAGACGUGAACCCAGCAGAGGUCUUCCAUAUGAUGGGGAUGUGUUCGGACUACUCUAUCUGCGAAAAUCCUCAGGCCCUGGAGCAGCAGCCUUCAGCUGAUCUCCAGAAGACCAAACAUGAUCUUCCAAUGAACCCCUUACAUUGCGUGCACCCCAAACAUCAUCAUGUCCAUGGCAACUUCAAAAACCCCAACGACUUGAGUCUUCAUAUCCCUCGAGGGCCGCACCGCAAUCAUCAUCGAUGCCGAGGCCAUCAUCACAUCCAUUCACAUCCCUAUUCUCUUUACUCUCGGCAAUCACGAUCUAGCUCCUGGAGAGACUCCACCCCCGCUGGACGGAGGUGUGUCCUCGGUCUUGACGACCCCGACUUCUCGGCUGAAGACAGUGGCUUGCACAUUUGCAAGUGGUUAAAUUCAAUACACGGGGUGAAAGCUGCCUGUGGCGCAACCUUUGCAGAUGCCGGCGCUUUGCAAGAUCAUUUGGUCGCAAGCCAUAUGAAUACAAUUGAUGGAGCCAAAGGCAAUGGGUACUACUGCUGCUGGGGAGGGUGCCAUCGGCCGGAUGAGCCAUUUUCGCAGAAGUCAAAACUCCAAGGCCACUUCCUUACCCACAGUAACUACAAGAACUUCCGGUGCUCCGUGUGUGGCAAGUCAUUUGCUCGCCAGGCAACUCUGGAUCGCCAUGAGCGUAGUCAUCGCGGUGACAAGCCCUAUAAGUGCAAGAUAUGCGGGAAGACAUUCACAGAUAGUAGUGAACUGAAAACGCACUCGAGAACCCAUUCUGGUGAAAAGCCCUUCAAGUGCACCUAUCCUGGAUGCAAUUUCCAGACUGGAGAUUCAUCCAAUAUGUCAAGCCACCGGCUGACCCAUGGCGAACGCAAACAUAAAUGCCCUUACCCUGGUUGCACGAAGAGUUUUACUCGCCCUGAUCAAUUGAAACGCCAUCAACGAACAACACACAAGGAAGCCUCUUCCACCCUUCUAUCUCCCAGUCCCGACCACUUCACGCUCCACCCCUUUGCAGUGGUCUGA